AGUCGGAACGCGCAAACGUCAUGGACCUUCUCCUCCAGCAACCGUCAUGAGAGCCUAUCCUCGAAGUCUGUUCCGCACAGCGAAACAAUGUAGUCGCGCGCGGCCACAAUUGCUCACCUCCUGGUCUGCAUGCCACGGCCUUCGCCUGUCCUCGACCUCGGCGCCAUCGAGUCCCCCAACACCAACAGCGUCGCCUGCGGCGCCCAAAGAGGGCGAGCGAAAAUGGUCGACGCCACUCGCACAAUUCCUCGGCCAAGCCAUCACAACAACAGGGCCCAUCUCUGUCGCAGCAUACAUGCGCCAAUGCCUGACGUCCGAGUUGGGCGGUUACUACACACGCACACCCACCGCAGGCGAAGACCAGUUUGGCACCAAAGGCGACUUCGUAACCUCGCCGGAGAUUAGCCAGGUCUUUGGCGAGUUGAUUGGGAUAUGGCUUUACGCGGAAUGGCUCGCGCAGGGCCGCAAAGAGAGGGUGCAGAUUAUCGAGGUUGGACCCGGCAGAGGCACGCUGAUGGAUGAUGUGCUGCGGACGCUAUCGAGCUUUAAGAGAAUGACCAGCGCUAUUGAGACAAUCUAUCUUAUUGAGGCGAGUCCGCAUCUACAGAAGCAACAGGCCCUGCGAUUAGCAGGGACAGAAGAGCUGGAGAAGAGCGAGGUCGGGUGGAAGGCAAAGUGCAAGUACUUCCCUGAUUGCGACAUUCAGUGGUGCGAAGACAUUCGGGUUGUGCCAAAAGGAGAGACAAGCACACCUUUCAUCUUAGCUCACGAAUUCUUCGAUGCCCUGCCCAUCCACGUCUUCCAGAACGUUGCCCAGUCCUCGAUCCCGAAGUCUUCUACAAUUAUGACACCGACCGGACCUAUCACCCCAAAACAUGGUCCCAUGGCGCCAGGAAACCAGUGGCACGAACUUGUCGUCUCGCCCACCAAUCCCUACGCGUCCACAACCACCCUCAAGCCUGGGGAAGAGAAGCCCGACUUCGAGAUGACCGUUUCCAAGUCCCCGACACCGCACUCGCUUUAUCUUCCCAAGAUGAGCGGCCGGUACAAGAAGCUGGAAAAGUCCGUCGACGCUAUCAUCGAAAUCAGCCCUGAAUCGCUGUCCUACAUCGCCGACUUCGCCGCUCGCAUUGGCGGGAGUGAGGGCGCUGCGUCUCGGCCACCCCAGCCAGGCAAGACGCCCGUCAAACCGGUUUCAUCCCAGGACGCGCCGUUUAAAAAAGCUGCACCGAGCGGCGCAGCAUUGAUCCUAGAUUACGGGACUACGGACACAAUUCCUGCGAACACGCUGCGCGGUAUCCGGCAGCAUACAGCGGUCUCGCCUUUUAUUGCACCAGGCCAUGUGGAUCUGAGCGCAGACGUAGACUUCCUUGCACUCGCUGAGGCGGCUCUUGACGCAUCGGAUGGGGUCGAGGUCCACGGUCCCGUCGACCAGUCCUUCUUCUUGUCUACCAUGGGCAUCAAGGAACGCGCUGAGCGGCUGCUUAAGCAUGCGAAAGACGAGGAGACGAGGAAGAGGCUGGAGAUUGGGUGGAAGAGGCUUAUUGAUCGCGGGCCGAACGGUAUGGGAAAACUGUACAAGGCUAUGGCGAUACUGCCGUAUGCUGAGGGGAAGAAGGUCCGUAGGCCUGUUGGGUUCGGCGGGGAUAUUAUGGGGUGAUGCAGUGUGUUACAUGUACGCUUAUCAACGCCAAAAUCGAUGUUUCCACGUGUGAGAAACAGCUACGAUUUGGAGUACGCCGAGAUGGAUAUAAUGAGUCAAUAUAGAUCUCUGGGGGCUUUCAGUAAUCUCUUGAAGUCACAGAGGACUAUAAUCUUCUUCAACAGUGCACACCUUGCGCUCGUGUAAAUGCAGGCUGAGGUUUUCCGGCCAACUUUCUCGCU